AUGGCCGCGGAGCUGGCGAUGGGCGCCGAGCUGCCCAGCAGCCCGCUGGCCAUCGAGUACGUCAACGACUUCGACCUGAUGAAGUUCGAGGUGAAGAAGGAGCCGCCCGAGGCCGAGCGCUUCUGCCACCGCCUGCCGCCCGGCUCGCUGUCGUCGACGCCGCUCAGCACGCCCUGCUCCUCCGUACCCUCCUCGCCCAGCUUCUGCGCGCCCAGUCCGGGCACCGGCGGCGGCGGCGCGGGGGGCGGCGGCGGCGCGUCUCAGGCCGGGGGCGCCCCCGGGCCGCCGAGCGGGGGCCCCGGCGCCGUCGGGGGCACCUCGGGGAAGCCGGCGCUGGAGGAUCUGUACUGGAUGAGCGGCUACCAGCAUCACCUCAACCCCGAGGCGCUCAACCUGACGCCCGAGGACGCGGUGGAGGCGCUCAUCGGCAGCUGCCACCACGGCGCGCACCACGGCGCGCACCACCCGGCGGCCGCCGCGGCCUACGAGGCUUUCCGCGGCCCGGGCUUCGCGGGCGGCGGCGGCGGCGCGGACGACAUGGGCGCCGGCCACCACCACGGCGCGCACCACGCCGCCCACCACCACCAUACCGCCCACCACCACCACCACCAUCACCACCAUGGCGGCGCGGGACACGGCGGUGGCGCGGGCCACCACGUGCGUCUGGAGGAGCGCUUCUCCGACGACCAGCUGGUGUCCAUGUCGGUGCGCGAGCUGAACCGGCAGCUCCGCGGCUUCAGUAAGGAGGAGGUCAUCCGGCUCAAGCAGAAGCGGCGCACGCUCAAGAACCGCGGCUACGCGCAGUCCUGCCGCUUCAAGCGGGUGCAGCAGCGGCACAUUCUGGAGAGCGAGAAGUGCCAACUCCAGAGCCAGGUGGAGCAGCUGAAGCUGGAGGUGGGGCGCCUGGCCAAAGAGCGGGACCUGUACAAGGAGAAAUACGAGAAGCUGGCGGGCCGGGGCGGCCCCGGGGGCGCGGGCGGGGCCGGUUUCCCGCGGGAGCCUUCGCCGCCGCAGGCCGGUCCCGGCGGGGCCAAGGGCGCGCCCGACUUCUUCCUGUAGGCGCCGGACCCCGAGCCAGCGCCGCCGUCGCCGGGGACAAGUUCGCGCAGGCCUCCCGGGGCCUCGGCUCGGACUCUGCGGUACAGGACGUGGACGCCAGGCCCGGCCC